AAUCUUGAAGAUGAAACUUGUUUUUACUAUAUUGUUAUUGUUACCAUUAGUAUUUUCUAUGCCACAGAAAAGACUUAUUUUUGAUGCUAUAUUUGGAUACGAUUCUCUGAAAGAUCUGAAAGAUCUGCCAACAUUAGUAGACGGGCUGGUAGGUACAUUAGGUACAGAUGCAACUGAACAGGAUUGUGAAACUAAAUGCCACACAUUAAAACAAGAUCAUCUACUGCAAUUGCAAUUCGAAUGUCCACUAAUUUGUAAAAAUUUCCAGAGUCUGGUUCACCACUUUGGACAUCCAACAUCUGCUCCUAUGCCAAUGUCUACUUAAUUGUGAAGCAACAAAAAAAAAUCAACAAGAUAAACUGUACCAUGCUUUUUUGUGAAUUAUUGUAUAGUAUAAAAAUAAAGAGAUGUGGUAUGAUUGCCAAUGAGACAACUAUCCACCACAGUUCAAAUGAAGUAGAUGCAAGUAAGUAUAAGAACCGUACGGCCUUCAACAAUAAAAAAACCCCAUACCACAUAGUCGGCUAUAAAAGGCCCCGAUAUAAAAAAAUAUGAAACUUUUCAAUUUAGAAAACUAACGGCCUAAUUUAGAACAAAACAAUUUACGAAAAACAAAUAUGACUGACUAGUUCACCCCCAAUUUUUUGUGGAUUUCGUGUUGCUCAACCUUUUUUUUAGUAGAGUUUUGUUGACUGCGGUUGAUCUAGUCUUAAUUUCUUUUGGACAUCGUGUUGUUUUUUUCUUCACUUUAUUGUUUUAUUGUCCCUUGGUGUUUUUUCUCUUCUUCUCCUUUCUAAAGGACCAUUCUCUUUAGACAAGGUGAACAAAAAUUUAGCUGAUUACCACGACAUCUUUGAGAUAUAAUUUGAAAAGAACGAGUAUGUGCUGUCUAUGUUUUCGAACAAAAGAUCCCACAUAAACAUAUGACAAUCUGUAGAUCGUCUUCCAAACUAUUGUCUUUUUUUCUUUCUAAUAGAACUUUCAAAAGAAAGAUUAAUUCUUCCCUUACAGACUUGUAUGUACAGGAGAUGGGAGUAUAAUAUAACGGCAGUAUUCUCUCAGCUAUAAAUAUUAUUCAGUGUGUAAACUAAGUUCAGUUCAAAGUCUUAGCAAUAGUAUUAA